UUAAAUAUUAAUCUCUACGAAAACAGUGCAUAGCGGAAUGCAAUAUAAACAAAUAUAUUAAAGUGUCAGCGACUUUUGUUCUUUAAAACACAGUCGCCAAAGACUAUUUGAAGAUCGGAAGGCGGAAAUUAACAAAUAUCUUAUCUUGCAGCAAUAAGACGAUAAGGAAACUUGCAGUAAUCAAAUCUCUUCACACUUAAUACAUUCAUCAAAACGCUAGAUAUAGAAUAAAAAAAUACAUAAUCAGAAUAGACGAUAAAUGCCGAAGUCGGCACUAUCGCGCUUAUAAAAAUUUCAGACCAGUGUGGUGUACGUGGCAAUCUGCAAUUUGUUUAUUCAAAGUUUUGGAUACAGUAAAUACACACCGAAUUCUCAUUAGACCUUUUUUAAAAUGUGUGGUAUAUUCGCUUAUCUCAAUUACCUAACACCACGCUCAAGGCAGGAAGUACUCGAAUUGCUAAUAAACGGCCUUAAAAGAUUGGAGUAUCGUGGUUAUGACUCAACUGGCUUAGCCAUUGACGAUCCGGAUGUGGGCGACGAAAUUAAUAACAUUAUAAUUGUUCGUCGGACUGGAAAAGUUAAGAUCUUAGAAGAUGCAGUCGCUGAAAUGUGCAAUACGGGCGCCUAUAAGGAACCUAUUACUACUCAUAUUGGUAUUGCUCACACCCGUUGGGCCACCCACGGCCCCCCUUCAGAGACUAAUUCACACCCUCAGAGCUCAGAUAUUGAUAACAGUUUUGUAGUGGUGCAUAAUGGUAUUAUUACGAAUUACAAAGACGUAAAAACACUGCUUGAGAAACGUGGCUAUUUAUUCGAAUCGGAAACAGACACUGAAGUAAUUGCGAAAUUAAUACACCACUUGUGGCGCCAGCAUCCAACUUAUUCAUUCCGUGAGCUUGUCGAGCAAGCUAUUCUACAAUUAGAAGGUGCAUUUGCUAUUGCUUGUAAGUCAAAACAUUUUCCUGGUGAAUGUGUUGCUUCACGACGUGGUACACCGCUAUUGGUUGGCAUUAAGUCGAAAACACGUCUAUCUAUUGACCAAAUUCCUAUAUUUUACGCCAAGAAGCAACGUGCACAUGGAAAAACACUUCCAGCUGAAGUAUCAUUGCCACCGCGUUAUGACGACACACCAGCAGAGUAUCAACCCUUGGAGGGUAAAGAAGUGGAGUACUUUUUUGCUUCGGAUGCUAGCGCAAUAAUUGAGCACACCGAUCGUGUCAUAUACCUUGAAGAUGAUGAUGUAGCAGCAGUCAAAGAUGGCGCAUUAAGUAUUCAUCGCCUAAAGAAAUGCUUGGAUGAUCCGCAUGCCCGUGAAAUUACUACAUUGAAAAUGGAAAUACAGCAAAUUAUGAAAGGGAAUUAUGAUUCGUUUAUGUUAAAAGAAAUAUUUGAACAACCUGAAUCGGUAGUAAAUACAAUGCGCGGGCGGAUGUUCUUUGAAACACGUACUGUAGUAUUAGGUGGAAUUAAGGAGUUCAUACCGGAGAUAAAACGUUGCCGACGCUUAAUACUUAUAGCUUGUGGCACAUCAUAUCACAGUGCGAUUGCGACCCGUCAGCUGCUGGAGGAACUUACGGAGUUGCCAGUCGUAGUAGAGCUUGCUUCGGAUUUCAUGGAUCGUCACACUCCCAUUUUCCGUGAUGAUGUUUGCUUCUUUAUAUCUCAGUCUGGCGAGACAGCAGACUCGCUGAUUGCUUUGCGUUAUUGCAAACAACGAGGUGCGCUUAUUGUGGGUAUAACCAACACUGUGGGCAGCAGCAUCUGCCGCGAGUCGCACUGCGGCGUGCACAUAAAUGCCGGUCCUGAAAUAGGUGUUGCCUCAACCAAAGCAUACACUUCGCAAUUUAUUUCACUAGUUAUGUUUGCACUAGUUAUGUCGGAAGAUAGACUAUCGCUGCAACCGCGACGUCUUGAAAUCAUAUACGGUCUAGAGACACUUGCCGAUCAGAUUCGAAAGGUACUACAAUUGAAUUCUAAAGUUCAAGAGCUUGCUAAGGACUUAUAUCUACACAAGUCACUAUUAAUAAUGGGACGAGGCUAUAAUUUUGCUACAUGCCUAGAAGGUGCACUAAAAGUGAAGGAAUUAACGUAUAUGCACAGUGAAGGUAUAUUAGCGGGCGAGUUAAAACAUGGGCCUAUUGCAUUAGUGGAUGAUGAGAUGCCAGUAUUGAUGGUUGUCAUGCGAGAUCCAGUAUAUAUGAAGUGUAUGAAUGCAUUACAGCAGGUAACUGCACGCAAUGGUCGCCCAAUCAUAUUAUGCGAAGAGGGUGAUGAGGAUACAAAAUCAUUCUCAUCGCGCUCCCUUGAAAUUCCACGUACUGUGGACUGCCUGCAGGGUAUACUAACCGUCAUUCCCUUGCAAUUGCUGUCGUAUCACAUAGCAGUGCUGCGAGGUUGCGAUGUGGACUGCCCGCGUAACUUAGCCAAAUCAGUAACAGUGGAGUAGUGCAGCAGUGGCGAGUGCAUUGAAAAGCGUUAACCAAAUUCAAUAUACAAUAUGUACAUACGAGAAUAUUUGUAUGUAUUUCAGUAUAUGUAAAGUUCUUAUUCCUAUAUUCUAAAAAGCAUUUUAAAGUAUAUACUUUGAAUUUUAUUUUUAUGAUAAUUGCUUAAUAUACGUAUUGAGUCAGAGGUAUUAUGUAUUUUAUUAAAUCUAAAAUAUCCUAACAGAGCACACAACCGAUAUCUAUAAAAUAUUAUGUUUAUUAUUCGCAUCCUGUUUUACCCCAAAAUAAUCAAAUAAAUUAAGAAAACUAAAGUGUUCAUUACCCAUUUUUAAAUUUUGUUGUUGUUGUAAAAAACCGAAAUAACAGUCCCCGGUCAAACAAAAGCCGGGUCUAUUUCAGUACUGUAGAACUGACUAUUGCGGGAAUUGCUUUAUGUAUGGUAUAUUAUUUGUCGUGGUAAGUGAUUUUAUAUAGGGUUUUGAAAUUGUAUUGUGGAAUGUAGGCUUAUAGAAUAGCGCUGGACCAAACCGAUUUAGGAACUGUUGUGGUAAGUGUUAAAUGCAAAAUGAUAUCCAAGGCGUUGUAAGGAAAUAUAAAUAUAAUAUAAAUUAAUUAAAACUGUUUAAAAACUAUUUUGGAAAAGACGGUAUAGUUUAUAUGUAUUUUAUACGAAUAUAUUAAUGUACAUUUACAUCUAUCAUCAAUAUAAUAGAUAAUAUUAUAUUGAAUAAAGUUAUUAAGUGUCCAAUUUUAACCUGGCAACCCUUCAGUUAAAUUCACGUUCCACAAAUGUCAUAACAUUUGCAAAAGAAAAUUUUCUCAGAAUCUGCCAACGUUUUACCAAUGUGUAGAUUAAACCGCUUUUUUUUUGUGAAACUAACGGGAAAAUAGGAAAAUUAUUAAAUAAAACUUACAAAGAGCUAGUGUUAAAUGUAAUUGAAUAAAUUACUUGUAGCAGAAGUAUAUUCAAGAAGUGAAAAAGUGCAGAAUAUGACUGUGGCCGAGGGAUUGGCGUCAACGUCCGCCGCAGCAAAUGCUGCAACUAGACCGCGUUGUUUUUUCGAUAUUUCGAUUGGUGGCUUAAAUGUUGGUCGCAUAGUUUUUGAAUUAUUUAAAGAUGUUGCACCGAAAACAGUGGAAAAUUUUCGAGCACUUUGUACUGGCGAGAAAGGUAUCGGUUUAGUUACAGGCAAGCCGUUGCAUUAUAAAAAUGUAAUAUUCCACCGUGUUGUCAAGGAUUUUAUGAUACAAGCUGGAGAUUUUUCGGCUGGAAACGGUACCGGUGGUGAGUCGAUCUACGGUGGCACUUUUGAAGAUGAAAGCUUCGAUUUUAAACACGAUCGCCCCUUUUUGCUGUCAAUGGCAAAUCGUGGCAAAAAUACCAAUGGAUCACAAUUUUUCAUUACUACACAACCCGCGCCUCACUUGGACAACGUCCACGUGGUUUUUGGUCAAGUAAUAUCGGGACAAGAUUUAGUACGCCAGUUAGAGGAAUUGCCAGUCGAUAAAAAUUCACGUCCGUUGCAAGAUGUUACCAUAUCAAAUUGUGGAGAGCUUGUACGUCAGGUCAAAGUUAAGAAGGACAAAAAGAAAAAGAAACGUGCUGCCUCUUCGGGUGAAGAAGACUCAGAUGCCGACUCAGAAACUGAGAAGCGAUCAAAAAAGAAGGAAAAAAAAAA